AUGGGCAAAGUCGAGUCUGGAAUUAUCAGUCCUGGCAUGAGAGUCACUGUCAUGCCAACACGCAAGGAAUGCAAGGUCGAUGAAGCCAGGAUCAAUGAAAAUCCUGUUGCUGGCGCUCGGCCCGGUGAAAACGUCUUGAUCAAAUUGAACGGUGCCAACAUCGAAGAUGUUCGCAAGGGAUUCGUCAUUUGCUCGAGUCCGCCGUGCAGGGCGGCCAAGAAGUUUAUUUGCCAUAUCGACAUUACUGAUGUCAUCGGCGGUGCUGAUGAUAUGGCCCACAAUAAUCAGAUCAUGACGGCUGGUUUCCAGUGCGUGUACCAUGCACACAAUUGCGCAGAAGAAUGCACCGUGUCCAACAUCUUUGAGACACCGCCAAUGACAAACGAGAAGUCGUCAAGAACGCACCAUUUGCUCGUGUUGGCAUGCAUGCUGUUGUGA